GAAAAUAUUUGAUUAAAAAAAAACUAAAUAAAUAGAAAAAUCGGCUUGAAAUAUAUCUGUUUAAGCUCUCAAUAUGAUUUCUAUUGUAAAUAUACCUCCAACAAAAUCUCAAAGAGAACGCUGUUGGGAAGCUAGAGAUAUCUUUUUCCAAUGUUUAGAUAAGCAUUCUAUUGUUAAUCCAAUGACGCAAAUUGAAAAGAUUCACUCAUUGUGUUCAUCUGAAGAAGAAAACUUCAGAAAUAACUGUGCAAAAAGUUGGAUAGAAUAUUUUAAAAAAAAAAGAGUUAUUGAUUUUCAAAAAGGAUUUUAUGAAAAAUUAAAGUAAAUAUUUAAAUAUUAAAUUAAAAAAACAUGAAUUUCUAAAAAAAAAUGUACUAAAUAAUAUAGAAAAGUUGAAUAACUUGUGAUUUUACUUGAAAUUUUGCGAUAUUAUUUGUAAAUACAUAUUUUAAAUAAAAG